AUGUCGAGGAGGUCGCCGUUUAUUAAAGUUGAAGCACUUAUGGAUAAAUUGUCUAAAGACUACCCAGCGCUGAAUAAAACAGUAAUUCCUACAAUUUCACAUAGAUCUACACCUGUGGGAAGAAAUAUGACUCCUGUAAGGCCGACUAUUCCUCCGGAUUUUGCUAUAAUGAUGCUUACUCCCUCGGUGCAAAUAUUAGAUUUUAUAGUAAAAGCUUACAAAAUUUAAACAAAAUCCUAAUCGCAAUAUUUUGAAAGGAUAAUUAAAUUUAAUGGAAAUGCAAGCUGUUUAAAAUUCAACAGAAUUAGUUAGAGAUUUCACUUACUCCCCCCCCUCGAAGUUCGACCAAGAUAUAGGGAAAAUUCCUAUUUUUUUGGAAAAUUAACCCCCUCAAAGUUCGACCAAGACCUAUAUAAAUUUACUAGGAAAAUAAGCAAUUUUUCAAAAAUUUUAAACUAUGUGGGGGUGAGCUUGCGAUUUUUGUAUUCAAGUUCUAAAAAAGCGUUACAAAACCAUCUUGCACUAUUUUUUCUAACCCUUACACCUCUCAACCAUACAGAAGAAUAUGAUAAAUUUUUUUUUUUUUAACUACUAAAUUAUAUAAACAAAAUUCUAUAUAAUUUUUUUUAAAAAAAUUUUUCUUAACCCCCCUCGAAGUUCGACCAAAAAAAAUCUUGGUCGAACUUCGAGGGGGGGGAGUUAAGAUAAUACCGCUUAAAUAUCAAAAUACUUUCAUAAAAAAAAAUUAUAUUAAAAAAUCGCUUACAGAGAGUGGUUUUUGCGUAAAAAAUAGGGAUUUUUCCAAUGGUUGGGUUCGUUCACGGAGGAAGCGGCGAGUUAAGGAAAACACGAAAUUUGCGAAAAUAAAAGACUUGAAGCUAGCGAAGCCACCUAAAAGGCCAACUCCUUUGACAGUAAAAGUCCAUGAGUAUGAAGCUGAAACUUCAUUGAAUUGUUUCAUGAAACACAUCGCUACUGAGUCUUAUGAACGAUAUUUAUCGGAAAGGGCGCCAGGUUUUAGGAAAGGAAAAGAAAUAUAUGUAAAAAUCCCAGAAGGGAAUGCUAAGAAAAGGAAAAGAAAAGUUGGGAAAAUGGCUUGCUUAAGUCCAAGUAAUUUGGAAUUGUUGGGGCAGAAAGAGUUUUCGAAUACUCAGCCUGAAUUUAUUAACUUACUGUAUAUAAAAUAAUACGGGGCAUUUUAAUAAUAAAAUUUAUUAAAAAUUAGCAGUAAAUUAAUUAGAUUUGAGGAGUAAAAAAAAUCUGACUUCAGUUAAUCGAAGAUUGCAGAAAACCGUCAAAAACUGGUGCCUAGCUGAAAUGAAAAAGAAAAGCACAGAUUUACAGUUAAUUGAUCAUUACACAUUUAGAUCUAAGCAUUAG